AUGGCAAUCGAGGCGGCCACCAACGGCGUCCACGACACGUCAAAAAAUGGCGCCGUCAAUGGCACAAAAUCUACCUACCAGUAUUCGUCUCAUUAUAUGUGGAAACCGCGGCCGAUCAGAAUCAUCGUCGUUGGCUGUGGUGUGUCGGGAAUCGCGGCCGUCAAGAUCUUCAAGGAGAGAUUCCCGGGAAAGCCAGUAGAGCUGGUCAUUUAUGAGAAGAAUGCAGGAGUUGCGGGAACAUGGUUUGAGAAUCGUUAUCCAGGCUGUUCGUGUGAUGUGCCCUCGCAUGCCUAUUCGUUUUCUUGGGAGGGAAACCCGCACUGGUCCCGCGCAUAUGUGGACUGGAAGGAGCUGCUAGAGUACUUCACCGGCAGAGCAAAGGCGUAUGGGGUGUAUGAAUUUGUGCAUCUCGAGCACCGAGUUUCCAAGGCCGCGUGGAACGACUCCACUGGGCAAUGGGAGAUAGAGAUCGACAACUUGAAGACAGGGGAGAAGAUUGUGGACAAAGGGGAAGUCCUGGUCAAUGCGACCGGGUUUCUGAACAACUGGAAGUGGCCUGACAUUCCGGGCCUGCAAUCUUUCAAAGGUGUUCUCGCCCACUCGGCACACUACGAUACAUCUCUCCAGCUAGACGAUAGAGUCGUCGGCGUCAUAGGCUCUGGAUCCUCAGCCAUUCAGAUCGUGCCUCAAGCCCAGCGAGGUGAGUCCCCUACAUGGAUUACUCCGGAACUCGUUGCUGAGCUCGCCCCACAAGGAAGAGAAACAGUCUUCACCAAAGAGCAGCAGGAGGCAUGGGCAAAUGAUCCUGAUGGAUUUCUCCGACAUCGAAAAAGAGCCGAGAGCACCAUGAAUCACUUUUUCGACAUCCAGGUCAAGAACUCGUCUUUACAGAAGCAAGCGGUGGAGGAAACGAGGAGGCAGAUGAUAGACCAGUUGAGCAAGAAAAAGGAACUGAUUCCCAAGCUCGUGCCCGAGUUCGCGUUGGGCUGCCGCCGGAUCACUCCCGGACACGGCUACCUUGAGGCAUUGUGCUCGGACAAUGUGACAGUCCAGACCGAGGAAAUUCGAGAAGUCGUCCCGGACGGCCUCAUCCUCGACGAUGGCACGCACAUCAAGUUGGACGUUCUCAUCUGUGCCACGGGCUUCAACACCUCGUUCUGCCCGCCAUUCACUCUGGUAGGAGAAGGUGGCCAAGUGAUAAAUGAAAUCUGGAAAGACGAGCCUCGCUCAUAUCUAGGAUUUGGUGCCGCAGGAUUUCCCAAUUACUUCAUUACGAGCGGACCUAACUCCCCGACCGCCAAUGGCGCCCUGAUCCCGUGUUUCGAGUUUUGUUUGAGGUUUGCAUACAAUGCGGCUGAGAAGCUCAUGACCGAGAACAUCAAGUCCAUCACUCCAAAGCAGGAGGCAGUGGACGACUUCCAAGAGCACAAAGAUUCUGUCAUGAAAGACCUUGUGUGGACUUCGUCGUGCCGAUCAUGGUACAAGAAUGGAACAAUAGAUGGUACGGUAUGGGGCCCUUGGCCCGGUUCAGCCGUGCAUUUCCUUGAACUCAUCACCACCCCACGCUGGGAGGACUUCAACUUCAAGUAUCGAUCAUCCAAUCGCUUCGAGUUCCUGGGCCGCGGACGAACUGCCCGAGAACUCGAAGGCGGUGAUCUCGCGUGGUACCUGGACCAGCCCGGCGCCUCUGAUGCCGCGAGACAAGAGAUUGUGCACGUCAAUGACCCAAUAAUGGCGUCGGAUCCCGAGGAGUCAAUAGUGGCCGGGGAAGAAUAG